CUCGCCGAAGUGACGAGGCAUCCGUGGGUAAUUGCAGGAAGCAAAUCUGAACUAGAACUAGAACUUCCAAUGAAAGAGGCUGUUCAGACUCAUAUCAUUCCAGCGGUGGAAGAUCUGGACCCGGAUGUCCUGUCCAGUAUGACGUCAUUGGGUUGUUUCAAGGACAAAGAAAAAUUAGUUCAAGAAUUAUUAAGUACAGCUCAUAAUACAGAGAAAGUAGUCUAUUUCCUGCUGCUGGACCGGAAGCGGCGGAAACCUGCUUACGAAGAUGAAACGGAAGUCAUCAUUAGGAACAGGUCUGAAUCAGCUUUCUCAACAUCUCUUCCUUGUACUGUACCAGCUGAUCCUCCUAGGAAAAGGGUCGAUACCUGUCAAAUUAAUGGCAGAUCAGGGCCUAGGUAUAGUUUCGAUAUGCUGAGCGACGGCUCUCCUCUUACUCCGAGAAGAUACCCAUACGGACGGAGUCGUAGGAGUAGCAUGUCGAGCAGUCUACACGUGACGAGCCCCGCCGUCUCACCCUUGAGUUCUCCGAAGCCGACUCCUCGUGGCACUCCGGAAGAAAGUCCUCUUAACACCCCUCCUGGUUCUCCUGGAAUGAACCAGCCGUAUUGGAAAUCAAGGCUCAACACCAUCAAAAGCAGCUUCCUUGGAAGUCCCCGCUUCCAUAGAAGAAAAAUGCAAACGCCUUCUGCUUCAGAUGAAGUGAGUUUAACGCCAGAUUCUUCCCCGGAGCUAACGAAGCGGUCGUGGUUCGGAAGCCUCAUGACAAACGAAAGGGACGAAACGCACGUGAUCCUAGUCAAAGACCGACCUCUCAGCUCGGUCAAAGCCGAUCUCAUUCACGCCUUUCUUUCAAUAUCGGAUCUAUGCCACAGUGUCAUCUCCCCAAUGUCCUUCCGCGUGGAAUAUAAGCGAGCCGGGGGUCCCACCAUGUUCCAGAGGAACGUACGUUUCCAUGUGGACAUAGCGUUAGUCAGUGCGGGCACGCACGACGGACCCCUCAGUGCUGUAGACCGUAGAAGCAGCACUGACAAGCCCGCCGUUUAUUGUAUCUCUUUCACCCUCAUAUCCGGGCCUAUACGCCGAUUUAAGCGUAUCUGUGAGCACAUUCAAGCCCAGAUCCUCGGGCGCCGUCCGAACCACUCUCCGAGGAUAAGUCGCCGCCCGACGACCGAACUUAGCGAGAGUUCCUCUUGCGGUUCCGAGAGUAUGUCUCCAACACCCUCUCGCCACCAAGUGGCAAACGAUGAUAUGGCUGUUUCCUCCAUGAACGCCAGUAGCGCUGCCGCUGUAGCCAUAUCUCGCUGUAAAUCGGACCAGGACGCAACGGCGGACAUCUUCGAGAGGGAGGCCAAGAUGGUCACCACAUCGCAUAGGCGGGCAGCCGAAGACGUGCGACCCCUCCUCAACGGUCGCCGCAUGAGCUACGACCUCAAGAAUUCGUCUAAAGACAAACUCUGAUAUUACUUCUAUUAGAAUAACGACAGAUCGAAAAACCAAUUCUCUUUGUUUCGUUGAAACGGGGUGAUGAUCCCUGAUGUUCAUAACAACAACAAACACUCCAUGCAUCGUUAACUGGUACCUCUGGAGUAAUUUUGAAGAUAGCGCAAAGCAUGCGCAUCUUGAGUCGCGUAACUGCGGAAAGAAUGUGAGAUAUUUCUGGUUUCAUAUGUACAUGCACGUACAGCUGUAUACGUAAGAGUAUAUAUGUAUGCAUAUAGAAAGAAAGAAAUGCAUAGAUACAAGAGAGGUAAUAAAAAAAGGCUGUAAUCACACAUUCAAGCUAAUUCAGACCUAAAAGAUCAACGAUUUGUUGUCAACUGUGCACAAGGCUAAAGGAAUCCCAAAUCAGAAUGCUUUAAAUAGCGAUUUAAUACAACGAUUACUUAAAAAUAAGAGCCUGUGAUGAUAAACAAACUAGUUAUGCCUCUAUACAAAUAUUAUAUAUAUUACUUGCGUAUAUAUAUAAUUUCUUACGUAUACCAAGGGAAAUUAUCACAUUUCUUCUGGCUCAAAACAAUUUGCUACAAUAUCACCUUAAUUGCUCCAUAAAUGCCUUAAAUAAUGAAGCCAUUUCUUCAGGUAUUGAUUAAAAUAAUUAUAUUUUCUCACUUGCUUUCACGUCUAAAGCCGUGAAAUGUGCUUGGCUUAAAUGUGAGGCAAAAAAUGCCAGCCAGGAAGAAUUUUCUUUAAAGCAAUAUUCAGCAAUCUUUCACAUUCCAAAAUAUUAAGCAUGAAAUCCCUCUCUUGGUAUAUACUAGCAAUAGUUAUUGAAAUAACGGAAGAAGGAAAUAUACGGUUUAAAAUUUACAGCGAGUGGAAUACUGAUUUGGCUCAGUUAAGCAGAGGCCAUUUAUAUAUGAAAAUUCUAAGUUCAAAAACCCAUAGUGAAAACGUGCAAACAUAACAAAAUUUCGGCGUUUAAUAUACAUAUUCUAUAUACUUCGAGUAUUUCUAUAUUAUGCUUUUACGCAAUGGUUUUUGACGCGACAAUUUAACCAUCGAAUUUCCAUCAAGCUUCCUUCAAACUUCCUACUGAAGCCUUAAAAUGAACUUGGAGAAAUAGCUGAAAUGAAGGUCUGGAGCAUUAUUAGAUGUCAAAUGAACUCUGAAAACAUAAUUUUCGCUUGUAAAUUCCUAAUUAUUGUUCGCUGUUUCAAGUUGUUUUCGAAUCCCCGAUGAGAAACGUUCUUUGUUACCUAAAGUGUCGUUACGUUCGAAAUAUGUGAUACUUCAUUAGUAAUUGCUAGCAUAGAUGAUUACGUGUCGUUAAUUUGUUCCCAAAGUUUUGUAAAUGUUAAGCCUUUAGAUUAUAGAUUGUUGCUUGGCUUGUCUGCUGUGCUUUGUCAACCUUGAGGGCCACUUCGUUGGUCGUUGAAAGAACACCUACAUUGUUCGAUAUGUUGCGAAUAUAACUGAUUUGAUUCCAUUCGAAUCGAACAGUUGAUAUUUAGAUACGAUCUCCAUGAAAUAAUAUGUAACUCGAAGUAUAUCCCAGCUAUUCAUUCUCAGUAACAAAUUAGAUAUAUAUGAAUGGUUAAACUUUCUCUAACUGAAAUAUGUAUGAGUAAUGCAAUAGAAUCAUUCAAAUUCUAUAACCAUAAAUCUAUGCACAAUUCCUCUCUUAAAUGAAGCCAGGUACAACAAGAUCUUUACCCAAGUCUUUCCUAAACAUUACUGCCCUUUCAUAUAAAUAUUCAUCCAUACAUUCCAUUCCAAGCACUUAAUCAAAUAUUCAGAAACGUAGAUGAUGUAUGAUAUUAAUCUCAUUAGCAAGAAAUAGAAACAUAUACAAUAUCACUAGUUUGUAAGAUUUUCCAAGAGGUGAAAAUUAAAUGUUCCACACCGAAAAUGGCAAACCCUGUCUAAAUCUUGAGAUGUGCAAUAUAAAUAGACGCUGAUUGCAGUGUGCUCUGCAACUGACUAUCCGUGUUCAAGCACUGGUUAAGUUAUUUUACAUUUGUUGGCAACAGCACUAGUUUUAGAAAGAACACCGUGUGCGUUGAAAAACCAUAGAUUUAUUUAUUUUUACUAUAUAUUUCAGUCCUCAAAGGUGACACUGCACUUAUUUGAUUUCAGAAUAUUCGUAGAUUAUUGUAUUUAUUAUUAUAAAAUGUAGAUUUAGAACUUCACAUAUGAGCCUUUUGAAAUAAUAGCAUACCGUUAAGGGCAUUUUCGAGGAAGACUCGAAGCUGUGUAAUAAAUAAACUGCAUUGUUUGUAUAUAUUCUCAUAUGGACAUCAUCUGCAUGAGGACGUUCAUCGCAUGAAGUUCUACAGUAGUUAACACUACUUCAUCGAAACUUGUACGCUAUUUAAUCUUAAGAAAAAUGUUACUGUUAAUAAUUGCAGAUAGUUAAAAAAACUAAUUCAUGAAUAUAUUAAAAAAAGGGAAAAUGUUUUUUCGAAGUUUGGGAUACUUCUACAAGAAAUAAGGAAAUCGUUUGUGAAAGAAUACAAAAAUAGUUCCAUGGUUGUGUAGAAACUGGUUAGUCAUAUUUAAAAUUUCUCUGGUAUAUAAAAAAAAAUUCACGCAUUUUUGGCGGGGUAACGUAGAAUUAGAUGAAUUCGAAGGAUAACGUAAGACCUUUAGAAUGAGUUCACAAAAAUUGUGUCAUUUUCAGAAUGCUGUAUCUGAUAUUGUUUUGAAAGCAAAACUAAUACCCAGAUUAUCAUAAAUACAUUUUAAAUAUGCAGCAAUACAUUUUUAGCGUUGACUAGAAGUAGACAGAGAAAAUAUUAGAUUUUAUUGUAAAUAUCUUAACAUUGUUUUUCUACUGAAAAUGACACAUUUUUUCGCGUGAAUCUUUACUAAACGUCCAAAUAAGUGUUUAAAGUAGAAAUUAGGCGUGUGAAUGCUUAGGACUUAAAUGAUCGUGUUUCUCAAAAAACAUAACUACAAUAACAAGUAAAGAAAUAAAAUUGACAUGGAAAUUAAAUAUUAUUUUUCGUUAAUUCCGCAACUACUUUGGAAAAAUUAUUAAAAAACAAAAAAAAAAAAAAAAAAAAAAAAAAAAAACUAAGUCAUAAUGGAAUCUGAAUAUUUGAUAUACUGAGAAAGCUUCAGAAGAAUUUUACAUAUCCUUUAUCUCUAUAGCUUACGUAUUAAAGAUUUAGACUACAUUUGAAUUUUCAUAGGAAAAUGGUUCUGUUAGUUAAAGAAUGUGCAGAAGUGUAAUGAAAGAAAGUAAGCUAUAAUUUCAGACAACUGACAUAUAAAACGCUUUUCAAGUAAAUUAUAAAUUAAAAAAAAAAAUAUUAAAAAUUCUAUACUUGUGGAAUGCAAACCAAAGUAACUGUAUUCAAUAAAUGAUAGCAAAAAUAUACUUCUAAAAAGGACUACUUUUAAACCAAAAACUGGAGGUAAACUUUAACUUUUCGUUGCAAUGUAAAAAUGAAAUUUUGUCUAUUGUUCCAUGGAAUUUAUUGCUUUAUCAGCCCUUGAAGAAUGCUAUGGUUAUUUUAAAUCUCUUAAACUAUUCAGUUAGUGCUGUAUAUCACAUAAUUUUGAAUCAAAACAUGCCGAUUACCUUUAUAAGAUAGUAGUAUAUAAGAUUCAUAGUCUUAUACUCUAGAAAUUGCAUACAGCUUAUAGUAGAAGCCAUUAUGUGAUCACGUUAAAUGGCGUCUACUAUAAGAGUAGUUUGAUAAUUAUCCGACUACGUUCGACAUCCAAAUUUUUGAAAACACGACAAAUAAAUCUAUUAUUGGUGUUAUUUAGUAGAAGCUACUUAAAAUGAUAGAAACGGGUAAUAAAUAUAUUAUCAAAUUAUAAAUUUUGAUUUUUUUCAGACAUUUUAGGUUAAAAAUGUGUUACGUUUUGAGGAUAACUAGAUGUCUUCCAACAAAAUAUUAAUCAGUAGUUUACUUUUAUUAGUUAUUACUUUUAUUUAUUAAUAUAAAAGGAAAUAAAAGGACUGAAUUCUAAGCGAUAAAGUAAAAUGUCUAUUACAUAUACCUGUUUCAAUACAUGCACUAACUAUUUUUUGAGAAUUUUUUCUCAUUUGAUUUAUAAAAUUGUCCGAAACAUUUUAAAUAUGUACAUACGGCUUCUCUCUAGAAAAGUUAUUAAAUGCAUUUUAAAAUUAUUUAUACUUUAAAUAACUUUACUUAAGUAUCUCCAGUCUUUCAUUUUUCAUUUAUUUAUUUAUUUAUCUUUUUCUGUUGCCAAUAACAAGCUACAAACAUCGUGGCUCAUUAAAUUCCAUUCUGUAAAACGAAAUAUUAGAUUAUAUUUUCAGUAUUAAAUACUCUUGAAAAGUGAUUUUUUUUUUUUUUUUUUUUUUUUUUUUUUUUUGUCAAACCUGAUUUUAUUUUCUUAAUCGAGUCACAAGAAUUGAAGAAAAAAUUAUAAUAAUGUUUUAUGUAAAAUUUUACUACAUUAUUUUCAUAGGAAUAGUUAUUUAUGAAAAUAUUAAACUAUUCUUAAUUUAAAAUAACCGAAUUUUCACAAGUGCCUAAUAUUGAAUAAUAUUAAAAAUAGCUUAAAAUACCGUAACUCUUUAUUCUAUAAACUUUUAAUUCUGCUUUGAGAGUUUCAUAUAUUUGUAAAUUUUAUAAUUUCCUUAGGCUUAUCUUUUGCCUAAGGAAAUUACAAAAUUAAUAUACUAGUUCUGUUAUUAGAGUUGAUUUAAAAGGUUUAGGAGAGAAUCCAAUUCUCUUUUUGCAUAUUUGAUUUUGAAUUAACACCAUUACACCAUUCAAAAGACUCUUUUUAUAAUUCUAUUUUAAUUCAGUUUUUGAAAACAGUAUUCUUAAUCAAGAAAAAAUUUCGAAGAUUUCAUUUGAAACAAAAAAAGUACCAAUUUUAUGAUCACACACAUUUUCUUUUUUUUUUUUUUUUUUUUUUUUUUUUUUUUUUUUUUUAUAGAAGUUUAAACUCUGAAAAUGUACCAGAGAUACACAUUUUGAGCACCAAAAUUUCGAUAUUGAAAUCUCCAUUAACAUAAUUACAUUCCCUGCUAUAAAUAACACUGGAGCCUGAAAAAUGAUGCAAAGUAUCUGAAGCGAUGAAAAUGGUUUAAUCCUAAUUUUUACUUAAAGGAAUCCGUCUAUUGCAGAAAAAUGAUAACGGAAAGAAAUUAUUAAGUGCUCUUUCCAUAAUUAAAUUUUAUUUCUUGCCCACUUGAAUUAGUUACAAAUACUUGAAGUAUGAGAUAAUUUUUAUAAGAAAUAAAAAUUCUAUUUAAAUAGGUUAAAAUCAUGUAAAUAUUUUUUGAUUUUGUCUGAAAAUAACGCUUUAUUUCUAUUCACAUCUCGAUUCAAUUUUGUAUUUUUGCGUUUGCGCUGUUAUCUUUUACAUGGUUUUGACGGUUAACUUUCUAUUAACAACUGAGUAUAAACUUAUCUACAAUUCAUAGAACAAAAUUACCAUUAAAUAUGAAGAUAAACCAACUCCCAAUUUUGAUUGUAACUUUGCUGUGUUCUAUGUGGACACCGUUGUUAAAACCAUGGAACAAUACACAAAUUUGAUAAAUAAACUUUAUAUUAAAGUUAUGAAAUCUCGUACUAAAUUUAAAUAUAUACGAAGAAUACAAAAUUAGGCUAUUAAAAAUAUUGUUAUUGAAUUCUUUCAAACGGUAUAAUGAAAGAAACUAACAACAAAUUAGUCAUCAAAAUAAAAUCGCUGCGCAGUUUAAGCAUAUACCAAUAUAAUUAUCAUUAAUUAUUCAAAGACUUCCUUUUAUUGCCCCUGUAAGUUUCAUAUAUAUAAAUUAAAAAUACAAAAUAAGAAAAAUCAUUGAGUGAUACAAUUUUCAGGUUCUUUCACACUGCCAUAUUUACUGCAAAAUGUGCUUCAGUAUUGUAAACAUUCAAACUGUUCAGCUGCUUAAACUUUUUAAUACCGCUAAAUAAAAUUUUUAAUACCGUAAGUGAGCACAAAACUGAAUAUUUAUUACUAUUAUUAUUGCUACAGCCAGGACUUUAAUCAUAAAUACCAAAUAAUUAUUUCUUCUUCAUCGAUGCCUUGGAAUUAAUUUUGAACAAUAUUUCUUCUAAAUGCGAUGCAUUCUGAUCAUUUAUGAGUAAAUGAUUAUGGCUUUUCUUCUAUGAAAAAUGAAAUUGUGCACCAAAUUUUGUCUUCUGAUUUUUCUUAUUCGAACAACGCAUUCAUGAAGAAUGCAUGUUCUAGAAGAGGGGUUCUCAAACUUAAAUUUUGUACCACAUAAAUACGAAUAAAAAACAUAUGUAAUAUCGUAAAAGCAUUUUCCAGUUAAAAUUCGUGCCAUUUUACAUUCUUUUCGAGCUUUCAUUUAAAUCUCUUCUGUAAAAAUUGUACCACCAAAGAUAAUGUAAUGUACCAUUAGUGGUACAUAUACGACAGUUUGAGAAACUCUGUUCUAGAAUGUGUGCCUCUUGACUAUGAUGAUUACUGUGUCGUGAAUGGGCUGAAAGAUGAUAGUAUGAAUGAUGUUAUCAAAUAAAGUACAACAAUGUUGACAAAAAAAAAAA